CUGGAAGCAGGCGGCCCUCAAGCGCGAGGCGGACGAGAUCGGGCGCAACGAUGCGCCGAUGCGCGAGAAGGAGCGCACGCUCUCGGCCGAUUUGGACCGGUCGCGCGCCGCGGAGCGCAGCGAGGUUGCCGCCGCCGACGAGCGAGUCACCGGCUGCCAGCGUGACACGUCGAGGCUGAGCGAGCUCGCCUCGCGGCUGCGCGAGCAGCGCGGGCAGCGGCUGGAGGAGACGUAUCACCGCGCGAGCGAGACGUUUGCCGAGGCGACCAAGCGGCUCGACGAGGAGAAGGCGAGCGCAAAGGCCAAGGCGAAGGAGCUCGAGGAGACGCGCCACCAGCAGGCCUCCAAGGAGAAGCUGCAAUCCGAGGUCCUCGCCAACCUCGAGUACCGCGAGACGGCCAACCGGGAGGCGGAGAAGCAGAAGGAGCUUGACGCGGUGCGACAGAGCAUCCGCGACCUGCCGGGCGGCGGGGCCGUCGAGCCCGAGAUCGACGAGGUCCAGGCCUCCAUCAACAAGAAGGAGCUCGAGAUUCAGCGCAGCUCCGGCGCGGUCGAGACGAUUGGGUCGCGGCUCAAGGAGACGCGCACGCAGCUCAACGAGCACCGCUACCGGCACAUCGACGACCGGCACGCCAAGAAGCUGAUCGAGGUGAAGACGGUCUCUCUCGUCAUCGGCGACCUCGACCGCUACUACAAGGCGCUCGACCGCGCGCUGAUCCGCUUCCACCAGACAAAGAUGGAGGAGAUCAACCGCUCGACCAAGGAGCUGUGGAACAAGACCUACAAGGGCUCCGACAUCGACGGGAUCGAGAUCAAGUCCGAGCACGAGGGGUACACCGACUCGGGCGCGCGCAAGCACUCGUACCGCGUGAUGAUGCGCAAGGGUGACAACCUGCUCGACAUGCGCGGCCGCUGCUCCGCGGGGCAGAAGGUGCUCGCCUGCCUCGUCAUCCGGCUCGCCCUCGCCGAGUCGUUUUGCAUCAACUGCGGCAUCCUGGCGCUCGACGAGCCGUCGACCAACCUCGACACGGCCAACGCCGAGGCCUUCGCCUCCGCGCUGCACGAGGUGAUCGAGCACCGCAAGCAGCAAAAGAACUUCCAGCUCGUCGUCAUCACGCACGACGAGAAGUUCGUCAAGAGCCUCGGCGCCUCGGGCUACUGCAACCACUACUACCGCGUCUCCAAGCAGACGACGGGCGGCGAGAUCCACUCUGCUAUCGAGCAGGUGGCCAUCUCGCAGUUUGACUGAGAGGCGGCGCGGCGCCGCGGAGCAGGAACGAGGAAGGGUUCUGUUUACAUUGAAUGUACGUUGCGCGGGCGCGUUCAUGUGGGCCUUGGAGAGGGGCAGGUGUGUUUUCCGGUACGGAGCACGACACAAACAGCCGGGGAGAGCGGAGUGCGGGGAGACAAAAGGUCAAGGACCCGCGAGUCUCGCGCACCUUGAGGGGCGGGGAUACGGGGUGUGGAGGGUGAGUUGACCAGGGGGUUGUGCGCCGGGCCCUCCUGCUCCGCCGCAGGCGCCUGUUGAUAGGUCCAUGUGAUAGCCCUGGAUGGGCAAUGCAU